AUGCUCACACUCCGCACACUCGUCCAGCGCGCACCGCUCGCGCGCCUCUCGCUCGCCUCGUCCUCGUCGACGCAGCCCCACCUCAUCUCGCUCCGGACGCGGGCGUCGUCCACCAAGUGCAGCGGCGAAGGCAUGGGAAAGAAAGAGUCUGUCGGCGGCUCGAACCCUGUGACUGCUCGUGCGCACGGAGUCAAGCAGGCUGCCAAGUCGGUUGCGGAGGGCGCGACGGGCGUGGCUCAAAAGGCGACUGGCGUGCGUUCUCCCCCGCAUCUCGUUCACACGAUGUUGGCCCUGACGGCGUUUCUCUCUCCCCUCCUCUCACUCGUCCACCCAACUCGACCUCGUCGCAACCGCCCUUCCGAUCGAGGGCAGGACGAACAGAGCAACCUCGGCACGGACGAAAAGAUCCCUGGACCCGACACGCGGGACGCGCUGCAGGCCGAGCAGGACAAGGGCAAGAAGCAUGGUCUUGCGCACAAGGGUGAGCAGCAGGGUGCGAUUUAG